AUGCCAGGCAAGAAGCGACCCGCCUCGUCGAAGCCCGCCGCGCCGUCGAAGCGACAGAAGGGCGGCGCGUCGUCUUCAUCGAAGAAGGGAGGGAAGGGGGCGAGUACGGCAGCAACGGGCGCCCCGAAGAAGGAGCGCAGUGCCAAAUCGGCUGCCAAGAAGGACAGGAAGGGCAAGGGACCCGCUUACAUCCCCAUUCCGGCCAAUGGCGCGAAGGAGGGCGGACGAGGAGAGGGUGCCGAUGACAGCGAGGAGGGCAGCGACGAGGACGACGAGGACGUCUUUGGGACCGACGACGAAGGAAUGAUGGUCGACGAGGAGCUCGGUGAGGGACUGGACGGCGCAGACUUCCUCACGAAGCUCGACAGGAAGGGCAUGUCGGCCUCUCGACCUACGCUCGCCGAAGCCUACCGCCAAGACAAAGCCUCUCUCCCUACCGCUUCUCGCAAAUCCGCCUUCUCGCACAUCAAGGUCGAGCCCGCAGGCCCGACCAAGUCCGAGUUGAAGGCUGCCAAGAAGCGCGACAUCGAGCGCAAGAAGCGUAUCAAGGCGGGAGAAGCGGCGAGUGGUGACGAGGACGAGGUGUUUGACAGCGCGGAUGAGGACGAGGAUGUCCCGAAGAAGGGCAAGGGUGGGAAGGAUCACCCUGAGGGCGAGCUCGUCGAUGACCUCGAGUCGGACGACUUUGCGUUCGGCAGCAGUGACGACGACCUCGACGACUUGAGCACGAUGGACGAGUGGAGCGAUGGACCAGAUAUCGACACAGGCGACUCGCUGGACGAUUCCGAUCUCGGGAGCGAGGACGACGACGACGAGGGGCUGUGGUCGACGGACGAGGGUGAGAAGGCGGGCGAGGGGAGCGACGUCGCGUUCGACUCCAAUGAGGAGCUCGGCGGCGACCCUGACGAGUCCGCCGGAGACAACGACGCCUCCGAAUUGGGUGACUCGUCCACCGGAUUCGACUCGGCAUCCGACGUUGACGAGCGACCCGUCAAGAAGGCGAAGAAGCGCGCGGCAUCCGAGGACGCCGACGACCUCGAGGCGCGCUAUGAGGCGUCUCGUCCGCUCAAGAAGGUGAAGGAGCCGAAGGCGUUGCCGACCAAGCUUCCCAUCAUCGAGAACGGCAAGGUCGUGCGGUCAGGCGAGGUUCCCGAGGGUGCUCAGGCGACCGAGUCGGACGAGGAGGAAGAGGUCGAGGAGAAGAAGCCGCGCAAGGUGCAGGAGUACAAGAGCGACCCGCUUGGACAGCGGUUCGGUCGACCAGCUGUCCGGCAGCUGCUCGAGAUCCGCAACAAGAAGGAGCGGAUACAGCGUGCGAAGGAGGAGAUUGCGGACCUUGGUCGGGAAGCGGCAGGGACUGGCGAGGGCGAAGGAGGACUCAACCUCCUCAAGCGUCUUCUCUCGCUGUGCGGGCAGAAGUUCUCGUCCUCGUCGUCUGCUCGAAGCGCUGGUGAAAAGCCCAUCAACGUCGACCGCGAGAUCCGCAUCAUGGCCAUGGUCAGCUUGCUCGCCGUCUUCAUCGAUGUCAUCCCCGGCUACCGCAUCCGCGAGCUCUCCGAGGCGGAGAAGGAGGUGCAGGUGAGCCAGAUCGUGGCUCGCCAGCGCGAGUGGGAGCACGGUCUCGUCGCGACCUACAAGAAGUUCCUCGAGAUCUGCGAAGGCGAGGUCACCGAGAACACGCCUGUCGCGCCCGCCGCGCUGCACUGCAUGUGCACGCUGGUUCGCGAGAAGCCCGACUUCAACUUUGCCGUCAACAUCAUGGACGUUAUCGUUAAGCGACUCGGCCGCAAGGGUUGGGACGAGGGUCACCAGAUCUGCCUCGACGCCGUCAUCUACCUCUUCCAGAACGACACGACCACUGUCGCCUUCAACUCCCUCCAUCUCGUCCGCCUCAUCUCUCGCCUCGUCCGCGCUCGGUCCUUCGCCGUCCGACCUGAAGUCAUCUCGGCCCUCCUCAACCUCCGGCUGAAGGACGAGCUGGGCGGCGGUCGCGUUCGCGCGUCAGCCGACGCCGUCUACCGCGAGCGGGAAGGAAAGAAUGGCGUCGUGCGGUGGAACAAGGAGAAGAACCACAAGGGUCGCAAGGGCGGCAAGGCGAAGGAAGCGAUGGCGAAGAAGGGCUCGAAGAAGGCUCGGCAGGCGCGCAAGGAGCAGGAGGCGGUCGAGAAAGAGAUGCGCGAGGCCGAAGGCGUCAUCAACCAGGAGGAGCGCGAGCGGAAUCAGACCGAGACGCUCAAGCUCCUCUUCGCCCUCUACUUCCGCAUCGUCAAGCUCGACUACCGCAGCCCGCUCCUUCCCGCCGCCCUCGAGGGUCUCGCCCGCUUCGCCCACCUCGUCAACAUCGACUUCUUCCGCGACUUGCUCGAGGUCCUCAAGGGCCUCGUGUACCGAGGGACGGACGAGGGAGACAUCGACGAGGAGGUUGACGAGGUCGCGGACGACUCGAUCGACGUCAAGCGCAACGACAUGCGCGAGAAGCUCCUCUGCAUUGUUACCGCGUUCGAGCUUCUCCAGGGUCAAGGCGAAGCGCUCGUCAUCGACCUCGGCGACUUUGUCUCUGCGCUCUACUCGCUUAUUCUCCCGCUCUCGCUCUCGCCGACAAUGGAAGAGGCGCCAUACCUCGCGCAGAACGCGAUGACGCUCUCUCAUCGGCAGACGCACAAGCUCGCCCAGACCGAAGCCGAUCUCCUCUUCCGCGCCCUGUCUGCCAUCUUCCUCAUCCCGCGCUCGCUCCCUUCCCCCGUCCGCACACUCGCCUUUUCGAAGCGCCUCCUCUCCGCCUCGCUUCACUGGCCACCAGCAACCCAACUCCGCACCCUCUCCUUCCUCCGCUCGCUCCUCAUCCGCGAACCCAAACUCGAAGCGAUGCUCGAGACGACCGACCGACGGAUCGACGGACGAUGGAGGGGACACGUCGACGAGCCUGAGCGCGCAGAGCCGGAGAGCACGUGUUGGUACGAGGCGAGCGUGUUUUUGCGCCAGCACCCGGAUCCGGCGGUCAGGCAGGAGGCGAAGAAGUUGGUCAACUGGCAGAGGGAGUAG